CCCCAUGCCUAGAGGACCCACCAAACGGAGGCACGCGGCGACCCUCAGAGUUAUAUCCUGAAGCUGCCGUGCAGUGCCACAAAGGGCUUCUGGAAAAUCUCUUCGCAUAAAGUGAAAAACUUCAUUCAAGCAUUCCAUCAGGUGUAGCGAUCACCUCGGAGCUCCUCUUCCAGUAUUAUUAUCAUUAUCCACCUUUUAUUUUUCCACCAAAUCCCACAUCAGCGCGGUGGACAACAUCAAGCGGCAGCACGCACGUGGCUGGGAGGGCUCGCCUUAUCAUCGGACUUGGAGAGGGGGGGGCGAAAGGGGAGGGGAGAAGAGGAGGGGAGGCGUUCCCAGCAGCAGCCCCCAGUCCCGGGGAACAUCCUGCGAACACAUCCGAGACUCGGAACAAAACUCCGCACAGUUUCCUCGCGCUGCACUUCACGCGUCGGGAUGGCGCGUCGCGGUUUGGCCCUGCGGGGAAGAAGAAGUGUGCGCGUGCCUGCCGGAGCCCGGGACCAUGUAGUCGUCGCCGUUGCGCUGUGAGUUGAGCCACUCCGCAGGUCGUUGCCCCCCCUCGCCGCCCCCCCCGGUCCCCCUCUGGACUCUACAUGUUGAUGUUUGGACGCGCGGCGGUGGGACAUCCGGAAUGGACCCGUAGGAGGAGACGACGCGCGCUGCCUGCUUUGCUGGAGAUAGAGCGCGAGCGCACCGACGCGCGCGCGCGCGAGCGCCCACGUACCCCGAAACACGCACGAGAUGGACUUUAAAAAGACAAAAUUCGGCAGGUUCAUGAACUGCAGGGUGCCGGCCAGUAAGAGAUACCAGCCCACUGAGUACGAACAUGCUGCAAACUGUGCCACGCACGGGCUGUGGAUCCUCCCGAGUCUGGUGGGCGGGUCCGUGCUGUACUUCCUGUCGGUGGACCAGUGGCAUCGCACGGCGGCCUGGCUCUACGGGAGCGGACUCACCGGCCUCUUCGUCACGUCCACGCUCUUCCACACCGCCGCCUGGAAGAUCAGCCACCUUCGGAAGGUGGAGCAGCGUUUCCACAUGUGUGACCGAAUGGCGAUCUACUUCUUCAUCGCCGCCUCCUACUCUCCCUGGUUGAUGCUGAGGGAGCUGGGGCCCUGGGCGUGCCACAUGCGCUGGCUGAUCUGGGUCAUGGCUUUUGUAGGAUCCAUGUACGUCUUCUUUUUCCACGAGAGGUACAAGUUGGUGGAGUUGCUGGGAUACGUGGCCAUGGGGGCGGUUCCUGCCCUGGUCAUUCUGUCCAUGGUGGAGCGUUCGGGCGUGUGCGAGCUGGCUCUGGGGGGUGUUUUCUACGCGGUGGGCGUGGCUUUCUUCAAGAGCGACGGCCUGGUCCCGUUUGCCCACGCCAUCUGGCACCUGUUCGUGGCGGCCGGUGCGGGCGUCCAUUACUACGCCAUCUGGAGGUACCUGUACCUGCCGGGGCCGCUGCUGCAGACGUCCAGGUGACCGGCCGAUUCAUGACUUGAAAUGCUAGGCGACACCUGCAGGUUGGGUGCUUGACAAGACCGCCGGGAUCAACUCUUACAAACUGGGACCAAACACUUUCAACGGCCUGAAUAAGACUGACAUUCAUCAGCACUUAUAGCAGAUUUACACAAGAACCACGUCUGACAAUCCUGCUUGACUGCCAAAUGUUAAAAAAAGAGGGUUAAUUUACUCCACUGCCAGAACCACGAAGGCCUAAGGAAGGCCAGUCCUCACUUAAAGGUCUAGUUCAAUAUGUUGGGAAUAAUUUCUUCUGAUUGUUUGCAGACUUAUUAGUUACCAUUCAUCCUUCUUCAAAGCUGCUUUAUCCAGCUUUUCCAGCUGCCGGGGCCCAAGGUCCCCAUGCCACUGCUAACCACUACACCAUCGUACGCUCCUCCAGCAUGAGCAUAAGGUGUUCAAAGAUGACACCUUGAACAGCCAAACACUUAUCUACAACCACUUAUUAACCUAAUAAGUCUUUUUACAGUGGGAGAAGGCUGGAGCGCCCACAGCUGCACUGAGAGAACCGAAAGACCCCGUCAGCCCACAGGUUCAAACCGCAGAUUGUCUCAUUGUGAGUAAACAGCGCUAACCGCUGCACUACCUUACACUGCCAAGUCCAAAUAGCCAAAGGAGACGUUUUCGUAUCACCGCUGCCUCGUCCGUAGAGCGUCUGCAAACAAACAGAAGAACCCAAAAUGGUGAACUCUUCCCAUCAACGUGCCGCUGUACCUUUAACUUCACGUGCCAAAAGCGGCCACUCAGGCAUCCGUUCAUGUCGCUGCUAACGACUACAUGGCAGUGAUCGAAGUCAGCGAACACAAUAUGGCGCUUUUUUCUGUCCUUUUUGCAUCUGCAACGUCAAAAGUUUAAAAAGAGUUACGCACCAGAUGAGAAUCAACAUCAACCUUAAUCUUAACCCACCUUCAAAAGCCUUAGUAGAAGUCUCUUUUAAAUUUUAUUUAUUUUUUAUUUCUUUUUUGCAAAGUGGCCCAAAAAUUGAGAGCUCAAUCUAUUUUAAAGCAAUUUGAAAGAUAAUCAUUUAGUAUGUUGCUCAGAGAUCUUCUUGCCAGUUGUUUGGUCGUCGUGAUGCACUCUCAUCCACAAGCACUUUUAUAUCAACAGAAGUGAUUUUUUAAUGUAGGGUUUCC